UCACAUGAACCCUGAAUAUCGAAUCGACCAUUAGCGCUCCUGUAUUGCUCCUCCUCUGCCCAGUGAUUCUAAUCGACCUCAGCUUUUUCAUGAAUUUCACACAACAAUGGAUGACAGUCCUUUGCCGGUGUUGACUCUGGUGACCGUUCCGUACCCCGACCAGAAGCCAGGAACGAGUGGACUGAGGAAGAAAGUUCAUGUUUUUGAGACCAAGCAGGAUUACCUGCAGAAUUUUGUCCAGAGCAUAUUCGCCUCCAUUGAUCUCAGGGACCGCCAGGGCUCCACUCUGGCUGUGGGAGGAGAUGGCCGCUAUUUCAAUAAAACUGCUAUAGAAGUUAUUGUGCAAAUGGCAGCUGCAAAUGGGAUAGGCCGCCUGGUGAUUGGUCAGAAUGGGAUCAUGUCCACCCCCGCUGUGUCCUGCGUAAUCAGGAAGAUCAAAGCCAUCGGGGGCAUCAUCCUCACUGCCAGCCACAACCCCGGUGGACCCAAUGGAGACUUCGGAAUUAAGUUCAACAUUGCCAGUGGAGGUCCAGCCCCUGAAGCCAUCACCGACAAAAUAUUCCAGAUCAGUAAGAGUAUCGAAGAGUAUGCCAUCUGCCCUGACCUCAAAGUGGAUCUGUCCACCAUUGGCAAGCAGACCUUUGACCUGGAGAACAAAUUCAAGCCUUUCACUGUGGAAAUUGUGGACUCCGUGGAAUCCUACGCCAACAUGCUGAGGAACAUCUUUGAUUUUGCUGCACUGAAGGAGCUGCUGUCUGGCCCCAAUCACAUCAAGGUUCGCUUAGACGCCAUGCACGGAGUUGUGGGGCCCUACGUGAAGAAGAUUGUGUGUGAGGAGUUAGGAGCUCCUGCCAACGCUGCCGUUAACUGUGUCCCCCUGGAGGACUUUGGGGGUCACCACCCCGACCCUAACCUGACCUACGCCGCUGACCUGGUGGAGGCCAUGAAGGGUGGGGAGUAUGACUUUGGAGCUGCCUUUGAUGGUGACGGGGAUCGCAACAUGGUCCUGGGGAAGCACGGCUUCUUCGUCAACCCCUCGGACUCCGUGGCCGUCAUCGCGGCCAACAUCUUCAGCAUCCCGUACUUCCAGCAGACGGGCGUCAAGGGCUUCGCCCGCAGCAUGCCCACCAGCGGAGCUCUGGACAGUGUGGCUAAAUCCACUAAGAUACAGCUGUAUGAGACACCAACUGGGUGGAAGUUCUUUGGGAACUUGAUGGAUGCAGGCAAGCUUUCCCUGUGUGGAGAGGAGAGCUUUGGCACUGGUUCCGAUCACAUCCGUGAGAAGGAUGGCCUUUGGGCAGUGCUGGCCUGGCUGUCAAUCCUGGCAACCAGGAAGCAGAGUGUGGAAGAGAUCAUGAAAGACCACUGGCAGAAAUUUGGCAGGAACUUCUUCACUAGGUAUGACUAUGAGGAGGUGGACUCUGAUUCUGCUAACAAGAUGAUAAAGGACCUAGAGAAGGUGAUGUUUGACAAGGCUUUCAUCGGGCAGAAUUUUUCAGCUGGGGACAAGACCUACCAGGUGGAGAAAGCUGACAACUUUGAGUACAGCGACCCAGUGGAUGGGAGUGUUUCGAAGAACCAGGGCCUGAGAAUCAUUUUCACAGAUGGGUCUCGCAUCAUUUUCCGCCUCAGUGGGACAGGCAGCGCCGGAGCAACUAUCAGGCUGUACAUAGACAGCUAUGAGAAGGACCCCCAGAAAAUAUACCAGGACCCACAGGUCAUGCUAGCUCCUCUGGUGACCAUCGGUCUGAAGAUCUCACAGCUCCACGAGAAGACCGGUCGUACCGGCCCCACUGUGAUCACAUGAUCUCCCUGCCCUACCUCGAGCGCUGGGCCCCACCCACGAAACACCCAAGCACCGUCUCGCCAGCCUCUGCCUUUCACUGAUCUAGUCAUCCCCCAAAUUCCCUCACAUCAUUGUACAUAAAAUCCAAAAAGAGGGAGUGAAACUAACAUACAGCAUUAAUAAAUGUUACGCCACAGAAUCACAA